CACAACUGUUUUGUCAUUUUAGUAAGUAAAUUUAUCGUUCGCGCUUGUGUUGCAGAAAUAAAGAGACCAGUCGAGACGAGUUCAUCUUCUACUCUAAGAGGUUAAUGCGGCUCCUCAUCGAGAGAGCGCUGUCCUUCCUUCCCUCUCAGGUUCACAUUGUUCAGACCCCACAAGGAGAAGAUUACGAGGGCCGAACUUUUCAUGGGAAGGGGAUUACGGGUGUGUCGAUUCUCAGGGCGGGAGAGACCAUGGAGCCCGCGCUUAGGGCCGUGUGCAAAGACGUCCGCAUUGGCAAAAUCCUCAUCCAGACCAAUCAGGACACAGGAGAGCCUGAGGUAACGCCCCUUUCUGCUCUUACUACCCCCCAGAAUUUACACACAUCAGAUCAAGUCAGAUGAUGUCAAUUUUAAAUUAAUUUAUUCAUUUGGUAGCACUUUAGUUUAGGGACCAAUUC